AUGGGCGAAUGGCUGGCAUUCUGUCCGGAGGAGGACGAUGACCUCAUGCUAGAUAUUGCAGAUGGGAAGAUACCUCUGUCUCCGGUAAAGGUGGAUGGGAAGAGGACUCUAUUGAACAAGUUCAUGAAAUCUCUUUCAGCCACGGCGAUUGAUUCAGCAGUGAAACUUGUAGAGGUCUCUCAGACGUCUCAAAGGAAAGCUGAUUUCAGAAACAGCAAACAGGAUAUAUCCAAGGGUAAUCAGAAAUCAUAUCUGGUGCUGCUGAACUUGGAAUCCAUGAAACCAAUAAUGGCUUUCCCUGUUCCUGGUGGAUGCUCCCAUGUGUCUUUGUCUCCAUAUGAUAUGGCUCUAACAACCACAACUAUGAGAGGAGACGAAAUAUUGAUGUGGGAUUUUUCAUCCUUCAAAUCCAAUGUGAUUCUGGUGGACAGGUUCAAGCGCGGUAAAACGGCUGGCAUCAUCGAUCAGGUGGUUUGGGCCAGCGGUAAUAAGUCUAUCGGAGUGUUGAGCAGAACCGGUUCCAUCCAUUGGUUUGUGCAUCUGCUGAACGAGUCUUCUCCAAACAGGAAGAGCUGGAUGAUUCCUGGUACUGGUGCUCGCACCAUCGGUUUAGCACCGAAAUUCGAAGGUGAAUACGGAGUGAAUCCUCGUGCUGCUGCGGGCACCGUCAAUUCGGCGCCUAGAGUAGAUCGAUACGGGAUGAUGCCCGAUGUUGCCAUAACUGACCCUACAGUGAAGGUCGAAACACAUCAAACAAAUCAGUAUGAGUACAGAGUAAAGACGGGAGAGUCGCGUUUGUUGGUCUAUUGCGAGGAUGACACUGUCAAGACAAUAGACACCCGAACGGGAGAGUGGGAGUUUACUCUCCCACUUCUCAAUGCUCGUAUAAUGGAACAAAAGUGCAAUAUUGUUUUUGAUUUUCCAAGUGCGGUGGAUCUGAACAGGAAGCGGUAUGCGGCCUCAAGGGGUACUCCCCAGUUUGGAUUUGACACCCUUUCACAAGCGGAAAUUGAUAUUUCACCCAAAAGUGGUGCUGGUACCAAGCUGCAUAUUGAGUUUAGUACAUAUGCUUUCGACUCCAAUGAAGAGAAUUCAAGAGAGUCUUUUAUUCGCCGACUGGAAACGAUGACCUGCACCUCAGAUGCGCAGCCUGUGAACUUCGGUAAAGCCAGCGGCGUUCCGAUAUUUUCAGGGACUGCUCCAUCAAUUGAUCCGUGUGAUAGUGGAGUACUGAAUUUAAAAACCGCGAUCGAGACUGACCUAAAGUUGUCGUGA